AUGGCUGUAGAAAUAAAUGGUGAUUUACUUAGUUCAGAGAAUGAAACAACACGACUUCUUGUAGAGAAUGGGGGUGAAACUUUAACGGACGUUCAGAAUGAUAUAAAGUUAGGCUUUACCCUGCGUCGAUGCAUGCUUUUACCUGUUAUCUUUUGUUAUUUCCUAGGAGGAGGCAUGUAUAUGUUUCUGUUGCCUCAGUAUACGCGACACAUUUUUAAAGAAAAGUACACAAGACACGACCCAUCCAGUUUAAACACAACUUACAACGCAUGUGCGAAUGUCAACCAUUCGGAUCCAAAUUACCAGAUAUACUUGAAAAUCCAAAGAGCCACUGCAAAAUGGACUAUAUAUUACGCUAUCGCUUUACUUGUGCCUGCGAUUGUAGGAAAUAUAAUUUGGGUGUCAUUGUCGGACAUACUUGGACGAAAGUUUGGCUUUUACUUGACACUAUUUGGCGCAAUCGUAAGCAAUGGAACUUUUUCGGUGGUUUCAUACUUUAAUCUGAGCUUAUACUUUAUAAUAAUCGGUAAAGCUCUCGACAGUCUAACAGGAUCGUAUAUUGCUUUUCUUGCAAUGAUAUAUUCUUAUACUUGUGAUAUUACUGCACCCGACAAAUCCAGAACACUCGCAAUUGUUUCCAUGGAGCUAUUAGUAGGAAUUACCGUAACAUCAGCGUCCAUGAUUACUGGUUAUUUUAUUGAAGCAGCGGGAUUCUUUUGGCCUUCAUUGACGGCAACAUGCUUACUUAUAAUUGCGAUUCUGAUUGUUCUAUUUUUCGUCCCUGAAACUAAUGACAUUCAGCAACGCAGAGGGUCACAAACAGUACAUUUGACAGCUUCAACAAGAGUAAAACGUGCAAUGCUUAGCAUUCUAGAAGCCUUUAAGAUUUAUUUCACAAACGAUUCCAGAGUGAAACGAAUGAAGUAUAUCUUACUAGUCCUUAGCUUCCUGUUUCUGACCAUCCCGUACUUUAAUCGAGGAGGAAUGGAGAUUUUGUACCAGAUGGGGCAGCCAUUUUGUUGGUCUUCCAAGAAGAUUGGUUGGUUUGCUGCCCUGAAAAUCUCUACAGCGUCUGUGUUUGGAGUUGCUGGCACAUACCUUUUACAAAAAUGUAUGACAGAUGACAUUAUUGCCAUGCUUGGAACAAUCAUCGGGAUUGCCUCGUAUGUUGUGGAGGGUUUUGCAAAACAGUCCAUCAUCUGGUUAGUCCCCGUUAUUAGUGCCACUUCCGGACUUCCUAUCCUGAUGAUUCGCAGUCUGAUGUCGUCUUUGACGCCUGCUGACAAACAAGGUGCAUUGUUUGCCAGUAUCGGGGCAUUAGAUACAGUAUGCACUUUGAUCGGAAUAGUGAGUAGCAACGACAUCUACUCAGCCACAUUAACGAUUAUGAAUGGUUUUGUGUUCGAGAUAAUGGCUGCCUUUUCCCUGAUAGGAGUUAUCUUUCUCGUAGCGUACAUAUUCGUUUCACGGCUUAUGGUAGACACAGACUCGGAAGAUGAUAUCACCAACAGGGUUACUGCAGAUGAGUGAAUGGAUGUGAAAUAUGGGGAAAUAUUUGUCAUCACGAACAUAUUAUACAUCUGUGAGAUUUGCUUUCAGGCUGGUGAAUAGUGAAGUGGUUUCAAACAUGUUUGUAAAAAUAUCAAAGCUUUAUUCGUGUAUAGUCUUUGACAAUAAAACUUUUAACCCUUUUAAUUGUACGUGUGUAUGUUUUGAAUACUGUCAAUUUUAUCUGCGGUGAAAGUUGAUUUUAAUUAUAGUGUUAUUGUUAAAUUGUUCACCGGAGUAAAGAUAUGCUGUAUUAAUGAUCUUAAUAUUUAAUUAUUUUAAAUUAAAUACAAAAUAAAUAUUUAUUUUUGUUUCCCUGUUGUUACCAGUUCAAAGAUUUGAUUAUUUAUGGACAACUAGUAAUUAAAAUUAUACAUACACUAUUGAUCUCUUAAACUUUAAUAUCUAAACGAUUUUAUUAUUCAGGGAACAAAUUCAAACAUUUGUUUCAGAGGGGUUGUAUAUAUGUGUGUGUGUGUGUGACAUUUAUGGAAAAUAUUCAUUAUUGAUAACAAGUUUGUAACCGUGUAUUUAAUAGCAGAAAGCGCAAAAAUAUUAUUAAAUGAUAGGUGAAUGCUACCCGAUUGACUGUGGUCUAAUAUAGUAUUAUAAGGUAGAAAUACUGUGUUUUAUGCUCAUUUCUUUCAAACUCAACUCGGUAUCCUUCAUAAGAACCAUUGUUUUCGACAUUUAUUCAUCCUUUUUGGAAUAUUAAAACAAUAUUAUUGAUUGUGGUAAAUCUUAUUUGGGAGUAAGAGUGCACCUUUAAACAACUAAAACCCUUAAUGAACAAAUGUAUUGUACAGAGUACGUCGGCCGGGGUUUAGUUCUAGCAGAAUAUUAUACUGUAUUAAUGUUAACCAAUGAUGUCAUAAUAAUGACUUGAUUGUAAUAAUGAAUAGUAAUAGUAAAUUGGUAAUCAUAGUUUAAUCGACAAUUUUAAUAUUAUUUUAAUAUAUGUCAGGUUAUUAUAUAGAUAAAUUACGUUUGAACGGUUUAAUAUUUUUUUAAAUGUAGGUUGCACUAUAAACAUCAGGCCAAAAAAGAAUAGCGUCCAUUUCAUGUAACACUGCAAUUGAAUAGGUGAAGUGUGCCGUGUACAUAUAAGCUACUUAAUAAAAAAGAAAGACAUGAACAUUUGUAAAUAAGUUUAAAAGUAAAUAAAAAUAUUUUAAGAUUGCUUUAUGCAAUAAUAUGUUGCUUGAUAUCCAAUUAUAGACAUCGAAUAGUUAUCUACGACUUAAUCUCUUAUUAAAACUGUUUAUCCAUAUAAAUAAAACACGCCUUCGAUUGCAUUUAAUGGCUUCAUCGUGUGUAUGGUCACAUGUUUCGAAGUUGGAAUUAUUUGUUGUUGUAUUUGUUUGUACUUCUUAUCAGUUAUGACUUAGCCAUCCCUU